AUGAAACCUCAUCUUCAUGUCUCCGGUGAGAAUUCUCCGACAAACGAGUUUAGAAAACCCGUCGGAGAGAAACUCAAACGGAUUGAAGACGCUUCUAGGAAAGGCGGAGUUCAGAUGUGUGAUAAAAUUGAGAGACGGAGAUGGAGCCACCGUGAUGAAGACCCUAUUAGAACUUUGAUGUUUUUGGGGUCAUGGAGUCACACAUGA